CCAACUGCUGCCUGCCGAGCCCCCUCCGCUCCCCUCCCCUCCCCUCCCGGCUCUCCUCCCUGGAGCCUGUCCGGCCGCAUCGGUCGCCUCGGCGUGGGGGAAGCCGACCUGGUGGCGGGUGGGGCGGAAGCGCUUAGGCUCGGGUUCCGCCACGCAGGUGGCCUCCGAGGAUGCUCUGACCACCUCUCUUACCUUCACCCACUUUUGGAAUCGAGGAUGGCAUUCCCUGUGGAUAUGCUGGAUAAUUGCAGUCAUGAGGAGUUGGAAAAUUCUGCUGAAGAUUACAUGUCAGAUCUAAGGUGUGGAGACCCUGAAAAUCCUGAAUGUUUUUCUCUUCUCAAUAUUACGAUUCCUAUUAGCCUGUCAAAUGUAGGCUUUGUACCUCUCUAUGGUGGAGAUCAGACCCAGAAAGUUCUUGCUCUUUUUGCACCUGAGGACUCACUCACAGCUGUGGCACUUUAUCUUGCUGAUCAGUGGUGGGCUAUUGAUGAUAUUGUGAAAACAUCUGUCCCUUCUAGAGAGGGGCUUAAGCAGGUGAGAACUCUUGGGGAGAGAGUGGUUCUGUAUGUUCUGAAUCGAAUUAUUUAUAGAAAGCAGGAAAUGGAGAGAAAUGAGAUCCCAUUCCUGUGUCAUAGCAGUACUGAUUAUGCUAAGAUUCUGUGGAAGAAAGGAGAGGCCAUUGGGUUUUAUUCAGUUAAGCCUACAGGAAGUAUAUGUGCCUCCUUUCUUACCCAAAGCUACCAGCUGCCAGUUCUUGAUACAAUGUUUGUAAGAAAGAAAUAUCGAGGCAAAGACUUUGGGCUUCAUAUGCUGGAGGACUUCGUUGAUUCCUUUACCGAAGAUGCACUUGGCUUGCGGUAUCCACUGACUUCACUCAUGUAUAUAGCUUGCAACCAGUACUUUGAAAAAUACCCAGGAGACCAUGAACUGCUUUGGGAAGUUGAAGGUGUUGGACACUGGUACCAGAGAAUACCAAUCACCAGAGCAUUACAAAGAGAAACACUUAAAAUUACAGCAGUUUCUCAAAAUGAAGAUAAAAGACCUAUGUCUGGAGAAUAUGGUCUUGCAUCUGUUCCAGAAUAUGAAACAGGAGCUGAAGACAGUCAGUCUAGUGAGAUGCAGCUAACUAUUGAUUCUCUAAAAGAUGCCUUUGCAAGCACUUCUGAAGGUCAUGAUAAAACGCCUGUUUCCACUCGUACUCGAAGUAGUCAUCUAAAGCGGCCAAAGAUUGGAAAGCGGUUUCAGGAUUCUGAAUUUAGUAGUUCUCAAGGGGAAGAUGAAAAGACUCCCCAGACUUCACCUACAGCGUCAGUGAACAAAUUGGAGUCCACUGCAAGGACAUCAGAGAGCUCAGAAGAAUUCUUGGAAGAAGAACCUGAACAGAGUGUGAUUGAAUUUGAGGAUGAAAGUAGUGAUAAAGAUGUUCGACCAGCACCAGAAACCCAGCCAGGCCUGGCAAAGCAAGAAGGUGAAAAGGAAUCUGAAUUAGAGCCUAUGAAUGGUGAGAUACUGGAUGAUACUCUUAAGACUUCACUUAUAACAGAAGAGGAGGACUCCACUAGUGAAGUUUUAGAUGAAGAAUUAAAAUUGCAGUCUUUUAAUUCCACUGAAGACUCUACGAAUCUUAUUCCACUGGUGGUAGAAUCUUCAAAAUCUCCUGAGGCUUUUGCACAGGAUAAGACGUCACAUGUAACUGACUCAGAAAUGUUGCUAGAUGAAGGCCCAUCUGAUGACAAGGGGCACACCGAAGAGAAGCUGCCUCUAGUUUCAAGGAAGAAAGCACAUUUUGGGAGUUCAGACAGUGUGGCUACUAUCCCAAAUGAAGAACGGUCUGACAGUGGUUUUCCAAACUCUGUGAUAGCUGAAUUUUCUGAAGAAUCGAUUCCUGAAAAUGUAUCACCCAACACUACUGCCUCAUUGGAAGACCAGGGUGAGGAGGGGGUCGCCGAGCCCCAAGAGACACCUACAGCUCUUCCUCAGAGCUCUUUGAUAGAGGUGGAACUUGAAGAUGUGCCGUUUUCACAGAAUGCAGGACAGAAGAACCAGUCAGAGGAGCAGUCGGAAGCGUCUUCUGAACAACUAGAUCAGUUGACUCAGUCAACAGAGAAGACGGUGGAUAGCAGCUCAGAGGAGAUAGAGGUGGAAGUGCCUGUGGUUGACAGGCGGAAUUUAAGAAGAAAGGCCAAAGGGCACAAAGGACCUGCGAAGAAGAAAGCCAAGCUGACCUGAAUGAGGAAGAAAUGCAGAUGAUAAAUCCUCUUCUUUGUAACCUAACUGUUGUUUUUAAAAUUGUGGCAAUGAAUAAAUAGCAUGGGGCACAGGACAGAAACGCGAACGUUUCCAUUUGAACUUACGUAUGAUGCCGCUUUCCCCCUCCCCUGCAGGACCUAGGACGCGCCAUUCUUUUUCAUUUUUCAGGCUAUUUUGUGUAAAUACACUUUUUUUAUUUUUAUUAACCAUGUUUCGAUUUUGGGAAACCAGAUCGUAUUAUAUUUUCUUUAGCCGUUGGGGAUAUCUGACCAUUAAUAUUCCAGGAAAUAUAAACUAAAAAACUGUGAAAGUAGUAGGGUUUCCCUCAGUUGUAAGGAUCACAGAAAUCUUUUAUACUAAGAGUUUUAAUAGUAAUCUUGGUGAAGGUUCUGGAAGUUUUAGCUUCAAUUUCAAAACUAAUCACCAUCUUUUAAAACGUAGGCAUGCUUAAGCAAAAAUGUCAGUAAAUUAGAAUAAGUGUAACUUCAACUAAAUGAGAGCACAGCUUCAGAAAUUUAUGGUCAAAGGUGUAUGAAGGUGGUAUUUUGGCCUCUUAGUUCUUGGCUGUAGGUGCAGUUUCUUCCUUUGACUUCAGUGUCUGUGGAAAGGUACAAACAAAAUCUGUUUCCAGUUCACGCUUGGUAACAUCCGAUAUUAAAAGUACUGCUAGGGAUUUACCUCUGGCAUGUAGGCACUAGUAUAAUUACUUAACAUUUCCUUGGAAGCUGGGGACUGUACUUUUGUCCUCACCCAAUUAACAUGUAUACUUUAGAAGUGUGAACCUUUCCUAAGGCUUCU